AUGCCACCCGUCCAAGUCAGGGGGUUGGUGGAGCACGUGCUCCGCCUUCCAUUGCAGUACCCAGGACCACACCAGGAGUCGCAAGGACGAGUUACUGAGGAACUUGCACCAACAGAUCCAACUCGCCAACUUCUGCUGAUCUGGGACGCCAUGUGUGACUUCCUGUCAGAGAAGCUGCAACAGGGAAAGGGUGUCACAAUAAAAGACUUCGGUUCUUUCCUUUUUGAGAGAAGAAUCGAAGUUACACCGCCAAAGAUACCUGAGCUGGGGCACGCGGCAGGAGAGAAGGAAGUGGUUAUUCCGCGUUUCGUUGUAGCAGACACGCUUAUGAAAGAACUGACCAGGCAACACCCGAAAGAAGACAUUCGCAGGCAGCACAUCUCAGGGUCGAUCUACCAGACGAAGAGAAUGACUGCCUUGAACCCCGUCCCCAUAGCCGCGGGCUGUUAUAUGCGGCGCGACCUCGUGGCCUCCGCAGUCACUUCGAUGUUCCGCGCUAUAAUUGAUCUUGUCAGAACCAACUACGAUUUGGAGCUGAACAUGAAGUUUGCUACCAUCCGCAUUAAAGACAGAACCCUGACGUGCAAUUUCUGCAAAGGCCUUCAGUUGGCUGCCCAGGUCAGUGCCUGUUUGUGCGGCCCAUAUGCCCCAUCUUUUGUGAACGUACGCUCAGGCUCGUGGUUCCAAAGAUGCCAAGCAGCGAGAGAUGCACCGCCUUUCGCAACUUGA